UUGAAUAAUUAAUACGCAUGAAAUAAUUGAAAGCAGCCCGGGAGCGGCCCCUCCGCGGAGGAUGGGGCGGAGGGCGGCCGGCAGCCCGCGGUGCCCGGCGCGGCUGCGGGCAUGACCCGGGGCCGGAGCGGGGCCGGGCCGGCCGGGGGAGCGCUCGGGCCGGGGGGGCCGGGCCGGGGCGCGGGGCCGCCUCCCUCCCUCCGCCCUGCCCAGCCCUCCGCGCAUCCUCCGGCACCGCCGAGCCGCGCCGAGCCGCGCCGGGCCGGGCCGGGGGUCCGAGCCGAGCCCAGUCGGUGGGGCCGAGCCGUGCCGAGCGGGAGGAUGAGGGGCGUCCUCUGCUUCUGCACCCUGAUCCUCCUGGAAGGUAUGGCAGCAGCUGUGGGCUCGAGCAGGGACUGCCUGCAGGCGGGCGAGGCCUGCACCACCGACCCCGUGUGCAGCGCCAAGUUCCGCACGCUGCGCCAGUGCAUCGCGGGCAACGGCGCCAACAAGCUGGGCCCCGAUGCCAAGAGCCAGUGCCGCAGCACCGUGACCGCCCUGCUCUCCAGCCAGCUCUACGGCUGCAAGUGCAAGCGCGGCAUGAAAAAGGAGAAGCACUGCUUGAGUGUCUACUGGAGCAUCCACCACACGCUGAUGGAAGGCAUGAAUGUCCUGGAGAGCUCCCCUUAUGAGCCGUUCAUCAGGGGCUUUGACUACGUCCGGCUGGCAUCCAUCACUGCAGGGUCUGAGAACGAGGUGACACAGGUGAACCGGUGUCUGGACGCCGCCAAAGCCUGCAACGUGGAUGAGAUGUGCCAGCGGCUGCGGACGGAGUACGUCUCCCUCUGCAUCCGCCGCCUGGCCCGGGCCGACACUUGCAACCGCUCCAAGUGCCACAGGGCCUUGCGCAAGUUCUUCGACCGCGUGCCCCCGGAGUACACCCACGAGCUGCUCUUCUGCCCCUGCGAGGACACGGCCUGCGCCGAGCGCCGGCGCCAGACCAUCGUCCCCGCCUGCUCCUACGAGUCCAAGGACAAGCCCAACUGCCUGGCGCCUCUGGAUUCCUGCCGGGAAAACUACGUCUGCAGGUCACGCUACGCAGAGUUCCAGUUCAACUGCCAGCCGUCCCCGCAGGCCGCCAGCGGCUGCCGCAGGGACAGCUACGCCGCCUGCCUGCUGGCCUACACCGGCAUCAUCGGCAGCCCCAUCACCCCCAACUACAUCGACAACUCAACCUCCAGCAUCGCCCCCUGGUGCACCUGCAACGCCAGCGGGAACCGGCAGGACGAGUGCGAGAGCUUCCUGCACCUCUUCACCAACAACGUCUGUCUCCAAAACGCCAUUCAGGCCUUUGGCAAUGGGACUCACCUGAACACAGCCGUGGCCCCGUCCGUCCCCCCCACCACACAGAUGUACAAGCAGGAGAGAAAUGCCAACAGAGCUGUGGCGACCCUCAGAGAGAACAGCUUGGAGCACCUCCAGCCCACCAAGGCGGCUGGAGAGGAGAGGCUCCUGCGUGGCUCCACUCGUUUGUCCUCAGGGACCUCCAGCCCAGCAGCCCCUCCCUGCUGGGCGGCCUCUCUGCUGCAGAUGUGCUUUCUCCUCGCCCCUGCUGUGCUGAGCCUCCCUGUGAUGUGAGGCAGGGCUGGCACACACCAGGCAGAGACUCGAUUUGUGUUGGUUUCUUUACUGAACAACCAGACCAGUAACUUUUUCAGGAGGAGAGCAGGGAGAAGGGAGGGGAAGGGAAGGCAAGGUGAGUGUUUGGGCAUCCCUUCCUCCUCCUCAUCUGUCUGCCAGUUUAUUUGAUUUUAUAUGAUCUGCAUUGUUGACAACCAGCUCAUUCUUGGUCCUGGCCACCUUUCCACACCACAGCUUGGUUGUUGUUUCUCCAGCUCUCUAUGGAUAGGGCUGAAGCCAUGGACAAUUCCCUUGGAAAAGAUGGAGAGAGUUGAUCCAAGAAAUGAGAGCUGUAAAGGAAAUGCUUCUUCCUGCCCCAGCCAAGAGGGGAAAGACUUUUGAUGGAUGGGUGACUGGAUGACCUGUCAGGAGGUUUCCUGAAGCCCACAUUGAGGGGCUCUUGACAGGACACGUGGAGUCCAGACUGUCUGCACGGUUGCUCAGGACCUGAAGGACAACACACCUGGUUCCUUCAGACUGAAGAAACCAGAAAACUGGUGGGAAGGUGGUUGGUUUUGUUCACUGGAGAGGAACUUGAAGCACCUCUGGGGAGGACCAAGUAACCACACUCUGAACUGGCUGGCAGGGAUUAUCCACCCUCUCAAAACCAUGGCCAGAGUGCAACCAGCAUCCACAUCCCAGCUGUCACCUCCCCCCAGGCCCUCCUUCUUAGGGAAACCUGUGUCCUGUAUUGAUGGUGUUCAGGAAGAAACACGUGUGUUGCAUUUUGUUUACGGCUGAAUUUUUUGUGUCCCAACCCAAACAUCUCUAUCCACUGGUCCUGUUCAGUGUUUUGGGGCAUUUUUGUCACAUUCAAACAACCAGAGGCCAAUAUUGUCCACACUCCAGGCUACCCUUUCUCCAAUCAGGGGCCAGUGUGUGAGCCCAUGGGCAGGGUUUUGACAUGAGCCCAACACAUCCCACUCUCACCUGCUACCUGUUCAUCCACUGGUCUCAUAGGCACAGGGUCUCCAGCCAAAGUAUUUUGUUCAUUUCCUGGGAAGAGAUAGGGUAGGAGACGUUUGCUAGAAACCACCCUGAAGACAGAAAUACCCAGCCAAGAUAGGCCACAUCAUGAAUUAUACCAUGGGUAGGAACUGGAUUGCUACAAUUUCCCCUCCUUGAAAAACUGACAGAGGCAACCACCUGUGUUCCAGGUGAACAGGUCAAGGGCUUUGCCUCUGGCCAGUUCCUGCUUUUUAAGUGAGGAUGUCAUUUAAGCAAGGGCUGCUGAAGUGACCCUUUCUUCCUAGCCACAGCCAGAGCCCAGAGGAGGAAAGUGAGGAUCAAUGUGUCUCCAGUGUCUUGGAGCACAGGGAGGCAGGUGUGUGACCCUGGACUACCUGAGCCUCCCAGGGUCCUUUCCUCGAGGAGGAGAGCUGAGGAGUCCCAGUGCCCUCCUGGGGGGCUGAACCCCUUUACUAAAGCCAGGAAGGAAGAUUGGUAAGGGUAAGAGUGAGAAGGUUUCCCAGGAUAAAUGCUUACCCAGGCUGAGUGCCAUGGGAGGAAGAGCAAUAUCCCCAGAAAUCCCCCUGAGUGUAUUUAGGCCUGACCUUUGCAGGAGUCCAUUUAUUCCUUGGUUUGUGCUCCUCCAAUAAAUAUCAUUAAUUCCUUGGCAUUUGAAUGCAUGGAAGGGCUUAGGAAGCAUCAGACACAGCAAAGUCCAUUGCUUUUUAUUCCCAUUUCCUGCAAAACCUCUCCCAUUGUUUAUUGCUUCAGAUUUUCUGAGAAACUGCAGCAACUUCCUUGGCUUUUGUUCUAACAAGAAAGCACUCUGGUUUUCAGCUGAACACCUGUGGAUGUGUCUGACAUGAACAGAAAUCCUCCUGCUGCAUCCUGUCCAAAGUGCUGCUCCUUGAGGGCCUCAGGGCUGUAGCACCCGGGUUUCCUGAUCCAAGCUGUGCAAAGGAACACACCGAGUUCCAAGGCUUGUGUGCAGGGUGACAAGUCACACCCUGGGCUAAAAGCUGUAUGUGAGAACUUGGUGGGCCAAGGGGCUCACUCCAAUCAGGCAAGCAGACCAGGAGGGAGAGCUGCAGGCAAGAAAGCCCUUUCAAAGUGACCUCACACGUGCACAGAGCUGCUGUGAACAUCUCCCCAGGACAGCAGUGUCCUGAGAGACCAAGCGACGCAAAGCUACAGGUGGAGAGCAAUGAAACCCUGACUGCUCAGCCCUUCAAAGGCAAGGAACUACCUCAACACCACGAGGUCAUGCUGGGAAUUGCAUCCUUUCCUCCUUUCCCUUUCCCUUUCCUU